GACAUUUACGACAUCCGCUUUGGCUCUUGCUUGCCUGUAUUUACGUUACGGUCCCACUGUCCGAUUAGCCAAUGGCUUAGAAAGCAUCAAGAUCGUUUGCUUUUUCUUUAUUUUCCUUUUAUUUCAUUUCUGGAUGUAUACUGUUCAUGAGAUGGCGUUCACCGGCUUACAAUGAAACUCCGGGUUCAAUAUGACGGAUGUGAAAGUAGAAGAGCAUCAAAACUGAAGGAGUCCCAGACGGUGAUGCAGCCCAAUUCCGACGAGCGAGAUGCCCACGCAGGAAACGGUUUGUCCCUAAAUCUGCAACAAGAACAUCUGACCAAAACACAGACCCCCACCGGAGCUCCGGCCCUUGCCGAGAGCGGAGAGGUGCGGGUACACAUGACCGGCGACUCCGGGGAGACCAGUGCAGGGGGUGCCUCAUCUCGGAGGUCCAGAGCCAGCUCCCACAGUCACUCCCAUUCACAUGGACACAGCAGGGCCCAGCACCCCCCGCAUACACAUGAGCCCGAGUCUGCGGAGCCCGACAUGGACUCGGGAGAAACCAGCUCCUCCUUCUCGGAGCUCCGCUACCUCUACCACUGGAUCCAAAAGAGUCUUCCUUUUCUCGUCAUCCUCGGUUCCAAGUUGGUCAUACAACAUGCUCUGGGUUUGGCAGUAGGCGUUGGCCUCUUCAUGACCUUUCUGUAUGUGAAUAAAAGCCUUCAAACCCAGGUCUUUCUUCAGGAUCGUCACUCCAAGCUGCAGUGCUUAUGGCUUCUGUUGUUCAUGACCUUGUCCACCUCCCUCCUGUACUACACCUUCCUCCCAGAGAGCCUUCACUACUGCCUCAUCUUCCUGGUCCCCAGCAUCGAGCCCUUGGGGUUCUGGGAGGUGCUAUGGACCGUCGGUGUCACCAACUUCAUCAUCAAGUUCCUUAUGAUGGGAACCAAGUGCCUUAUUCUGCUGCCACCCUCCUCGCUGCUUUCCUUCAGAAGCCAGGGCCGUUGGCUGAUGCUAACAGAGGAGCUAGGCCAGAUUUACCAGGCCCUGGCCCCGGUGCCCCCGUGGUUCCGCUACCUGGUCACCUACCAGGAGGUGGACGGCAACACAGGCCUCACCCUGGGGGUCCUGCUGGCCCUGGUUUACCUCAUAAUGAAGCUUUUAGGAUUGUACAGCCAGCGGACGGCCAUCACCAAGACUGUGAGGAUAUUCUCCAAGGGCGAGCAUACGGGGAUGCCGGCCAGCAGGAGUCAGUGUAGCGAGGCGGGAGAUGUGUGUCCCAUCUGCCAGGGAGAGUACCGGGACCCUCGCUCACUGGUCUGCCAGCAUGUGUUCUGUGACGAGUGCAUCGCGCUGUGGUUCAACCGGGAGAAGAGCUGCCCGCUGUGCCGCACUGUGAUCACAGAGAAGGUGUACAAGUGGAGGGACGGCGCGACCUCCCCUCACCUGCAAAUCUAUUGACUCCUCCCCCAGGGCGGAGACGCUCGCUUUUUAACCCCUCCCACAUAGUUAUCGAUAUGUGUGUUUGCGUGUUUUGAAUGUGUGUUUGGUGCGUGAGCUAUUAUGGCUGACAAUAGACCUUUUUCCCCGGAGACGCCAUUGUAGGAUAAACACAGGUGUCACCCGUACACUGAUUUAGGGUGAGCUACUUUUAUAUCUCAGGGUAUGGAGGGUGGUGGUAGACUUAUCUUUACUAGUUCAGUCUAUGACCUGUGCCUUGCUACAUAAAAUGGUGCAGACCCAUGCUCAGUGUUAUGAGCGACACCCGUGUUAAUCGGUCACGGCGCCCCUGACAAGAGUCUAUACCCACCGACUGUAACUGACGUCUUAACUGUGUAUCUUGGGGGGGAGGGGACUUGUGGCCAGGAAUAAUAAGGUUUUGAGUUUUAUAAUCCCCCCCUGUGUCAAUGUGGUUUUCUCAAACAUUGUGUUUUGAUUUUCCUUACGUCCAUUUAGAAAUGUCUACCAUUUCACCAUUAUUAUUAUUUUUUGGUAAAGGGUCAAUAAUGUUGGACAUCUUCUAAAGUGUGUUGAUUUAAUUAUUUGUUAUAUUUACUCCCACCCACCAUUUUUUUUUGAUUAAGUACUCUUUUACUUAAUCUUUUUUUUUUUUCAUUUGGGGAGAUUGAUCCAUCUUUUUUUCGAAUGACAGAAUUAACCAUGUUACUGUUUGUUUUGCUUCAU